AUGGCCGAGAAGUGUGUUCACAAGGGGUGUGGCAAGGUGUUUUCGGACGCUGAUGAGCAGUGCAUCUACCAUCCUGGCCCGCCAAUAUUCCACGAGGGACAGAAAGGCUGGAAAUGCUGCAAACCUCGAGUGCUGACCUUUGACGAAUUUCUUGCCAUCCCACCAUGUACGACGGGAAAACACUCUACGGUCGACGAUACGCCGGUUGAACCAAAGAAAGAGACUCCCGAUAUCCCAGUGCCGACCCCUACUGCUGCUGAUGCUCCCGUUGGCAAGACCAAACCUAUCGCAGUAUCGGCUGCGCUACCUCCCUCUCUUAGUGCAACCGGAGCUCACACGCCUACACCCACGGGCACUCCCGCCCCGCCAGAGUCCGAGUCGGACGAUCCGUCGUUGGAGAUACAGCAGGGAGCAACAUGUCGUCGGAAAGGAUGCGGUAAGACGUAUAGCGGUUCUGGAUCUAGGGAAGGAGAAGAAUGCGUUCACCAUCCUGGAUACCCCGUUUUCCACGAGGGAAGUAAAGGAUGGAGCUGCUGUAAGCGGCGAGUGCUGGAAUUCGACGAGUUCUUGAAGAUGCCUGGUUGCACGACGAAGAAUCGUCAUUUGUUUAUUGGCAAGGGGAAGAAGUCGGCUGAAGAGAAGGUUAACCAUGUGCGGACUGACUACUACCAAACCUCGUCAACGGUGAUCGCCUCGGUGUACCUGAAGAAGAUAGACAAGGAUACGGCCAAAGUGGAAUUUUCAACUCCGACCACGAUAGAGCUUGACCUUCCCACUGCAGAGAACAAACGAUACACGGAAACCUGGACCCUAUUUGCACCAAUUGACACGGAGAAGUCGAGCUAUAAGAUCAUGGGGACGAAGCUUGAGUUCUCGCUAGCCAAGGCGGAUGGGGAGAGCUGGCAGAGCCUGCGGAGUACCGACCCACGGACAGGCGAGAUUAUUCAAACAGGACGGCCGACGAGGGCAUGA